AUGGAGGAGGUCUGCUUCAUGACAUCCCACCACAGGACGCCGGGCAGCUUGGUGCUUCUUUUUGCAGGGCCUGGAAUAAAACCGGAGAUGUGGCAUUCUCUAGCCGCGACAGUCCCCUGGACAUCUGACAUUGCGGAUACCAGCGCCAGCCAAGACCUCCAUGGAUACGCGUGUCGGAUUGGGCACACGGAGCCCUCUCUGUGGGCACGUGUGGGGAGCCGUAGCCUCUGCCUAGGGUUGUGCCAUAUUGCCGCACUGCAAGAAGAAUAUCACCGGCCAGGAGACCUCGUUGUUGGUGGGAUUUUGCCCCACCUCAACACCAUGGUGAUACGUGCGUCCUUUGAAGAACCUCCUAGCAACAAGUAUGUUGGACGGCAAGUGGCCAAAAACUUCCAGCAGAUCCUGGCCCUCGAAUUCGCCAUCAACGAGAUCAACAAGGAUCCGGCACUCCUCCCCAAUGUCACGCUGGGCUUCCGCAUUUUGGAGGACACCUACUUUGAAAGAAUGACCUACCAGGCUGGCCUGGCAUUUCUCUCAGUGCGGGGUCAAAUGGUCCCCAACUACAGAUGUAGCAGAAAGGAAGAGCUGUUGUCAGUCAUUGGAAGCCUCAACUCCAGAAUCUCUCUGCAGAUGGCCUCCCUCUUGGGCCUCUUCAAGAUCCCACAGAUUGACCCCAGCGAAGUGCCACAGUAUUUCGGGCUAAUCCGCUUACUUCUUCAUUUCCACUGGGACUGGAUUGGGAUUGUCGCUCCAGAUGAUGACAGUGGUGAAAACUUCAUCCAGGCCCUGAUACCAAUGCUUGACCAGAACAACAUCUGCGUUGAGUUCAUUGACAGGAUUGAGUGUGUGGAGAGCUGCUCACCCGGCUCCAGCAAAAAAGUUAUAGAACAGCAGCCACCUUGUUGUUAUGAAUGCGAACUUUGUCCGGAAGGGACGAUUUCUAACCAUACAGAUGCUGAUCGGUGUGUCCCAUGCCCAGAAGAUCAAUAUCCAAACAAGAACAAAGACCAGUGUUUCUCCAAGAGCAUCAACUUCCUUUCCUGUCAAGAGAUGCUGGGGAUUGUUUUGGCUUCUCUUGCUCUCUUGCUUUUUCUGAUCACAGCUGCAGUCCUGACAAUCAUCAGUAAACAUCAAGACACACCAAUCGUCAAAGCCAACAACAGAGAACUCACCUACGUCCUCCUCAUCUCACUCUUGCUCUGCUUCCUCUGCUCCUUCCUAUUCAUCGGUCGCCCUACAAAGGUCACCUGCCUUCUGAGACAAACUGCUUUCACUGUCAUCCUCUCUGUUGCCAUUUCUACCAUCUUGGCAAAAACCAUCACAGUGGUUCUGGCCUUCAUGGCCACUAAGCCAGGAAACAUGGCCAGAGAACUGUUGGGGAGACAAGUGGUAAACUCCAUUGUCCUGGCGUGUCCCCUCCUCCAAGCUGUCAUCUGUGCCAUUUGGCUAGGAACCUCUCCCCCAUUCCCCAACUUGGACUUCCAUUCCUUGGCCAAGGAGAUCAUAAUGGAAUGUAAUGAAGGGUCAGUCGUCAUGUUUUACAUAGUCCUGGGCUACAUGGCAUUUCUGGCCCUGGUCAGCUUCAUGGUGGCUUUCCUAGCCAGGAAACUGCCCGACAGCUUUAAUGAAGCCAAAUUUAUCACCUUCAGCAUGCUGGUCUUCUGCAGCGUGUGGAUCUCCUUCGUGCCCACCUACCUGAGCACUAAAGGGAAGUCCAUGGUGGCCGUGGAGGUCUUCUCCAUCUUGGCUUCUGGGGCUGGCCUCCUGGGUUGCAUCUUUCUUCCCAAAUGCUACAUUAUUGUUAUGAGGCCUGAUCUCAAUACCAAAGAUCAUCUCCUAAGGAACAAAAGUUACAGGCACCUAAAUUCUUGA